AUGGUCACCCGCAAACCCACCCACGCCGGCUCGUGGUACACAGACAAUGGCCAACUCCUCUCUCAGCAGCUUGACGGCUGGCUCGGAGCAGUGCCCAGCUCGACGACUCCUAUCGCCUCCUCUUCGUCGCAACAGGGACAGAUUCGGAUACCGUCGCCACACGCUCGAGCUAUAAUUGCACCGCAUGCUGGAUACUCGUACUCCGGACCUGCUGCUGCAUGGGCCUACAAGAGCGCUGACUGGGCGAAUGCUAAACGCGUCUUCCUUCUCGGUCCGUCGCAUCACUACUAUCUCACCGGCGCCGCUACGACCGGCUGCAACAAGUACGGCACACCACUGGGUGAUCUUACUGUAGACACCGCGCUCGUACAGGAGAUCAAGCAGCAGUGGGGUCUGGAAACUAUGUCGAAGAGCGUCGACGAGGACGAGCAUAGCUUGGAAAUGCACCUCCCCUACAUUUACAAGAUGCUCUCACUAAACAAUGCUUCCUUCCAAAGCAACUCUACCUCCGUCCCUCUAGUCCCCAUAAUGGUCGGCAACACCGAUGCUGCAGCGGAGACCCGCUACGGCACCCUCCUCGCGCCCUACCUCUCCGACCCCUCCAACCUCUUCGUCAUAUCCUCCGACUUCUGCCACUGGGGCUCCCGCUUCCGCUACACGUACUACCAGCCUGCCGACAACUCCGCUGCCACACAAUUGCGUUCGAGUUCUCGCGUACCGCGUGACUAUCCUAUCCACGAGAGCAUCGCGGCUGUAGACCAGGAGAGCAUGGAUGCCGUGGAGAGUGGAUCACACAGGCAGUUUCUGGAGCAGUUGAGGGAAACUGGGAAUACAGUGUGUGGUAGACAUCCAAUUGGGCUAUUCAUGGCCGCUGUGGAAAAAGCGGAAGGGUUGGGCGAAGACAAGGGGAGGUUCAAGUUUGUGCGGUACGAGAGAAGUAGUCUGGUCAAGGAUGUCAAGGAUAGUAGUGUCUCCUACUGCAGUGCUUUUGCAGUGCUAUAA